AUGACACUUAUUAAUGGAAAUGAGAACUCAACCUUGAAUGAGCAAUGUACAAAGCCAGCACAAGUGCUAGCCAUAAUUGGAGAGACACACUCUUCAAUAUCAAUGGCUAUUGCAAAGAUUGUCGGACCUUUCAACAUUCCCAUGUUUCUAGAACAUCUCAAAAAGGUGCGCUUCAAAUCCAAAGAAGGCGAAGAGGUUUAUUUUGAUAAGAAUGGUGACCCUGCAGCUAAAUAUGAAAUAAUAAAUUGGCAAACUGUUGAAGAUCACUAUGAGUUUUUCACUGUUGGACUGUAUGACUCUUCUUUCCCUGCUCACAAUCAAUUAUCAAUUGAAAUGGCCUCUAUUGUGUGGGCACAAAAUGCAAAUCAGGUGCCGGUGUCUGUGUGCAGUGAGAGCUGCCCCCCAGGCACCAGGAAGGCUGUGCAGAAAGGAAAGCCGAUCUGCUGCUUUGACUGUAUACCAUGUGCUGAAGGAGAGAUCAGUAAUAUGACAGGCUCUAUUAAAUGUGAACAUUGCUACCAAGAAUUCUGGUCAAAUCAACACAGGAAUGAAUGUAUGAAGAAGGAAACUGAAUUCUUGUCGUUUGAGGAAACGAUGGGAAUUUUGCUAACAACUGUUUCAGCUAUUGGUGCUUUUAUGACAAUAAUAAUAGCAAUUAUAUUCUUCAGACACAAAAAUACUCCAAUAGUCAAAGCCAACAACUCAGAGCUGAGCUUCUUGCUGCUCUUCUCUCUCGCUCUGUGUUUCCUCUGUUCACUUACUUUCAUUGGUCGGCCCUCUGAGUGGUCCUGUGUGCUGCGUCACACAGCAUUUGGGAUCACCUUCGUCCUCUGCAUCUCCUGUGUUCUGGGGAAAACAAUAGUGGUGUUAAUGGCCUUCAGAGCUACACUUCCAGGCAGUAAUGUUAUGAAAUGGUUUGGGCCUCCACAGCAGAGACUCUCUGUUCUCACCUUCACUCUCAUACAGGUCCUAAUUUGUCUGCUUUGGUUAACAACAUCUCCUCCUUUCCCCUUUAAAAAUCUAAAGCACUACAAGGAAAAGAUCAUUCUAGAAUGUCAGUUAGGUUCUGCAGUAGGUUUCUGGGCUGUGCUGGGUUAUAUUGGACUCUUGGCUCUACUGUGUUUUGUUUUAGCUUUUCUGGCUCGGAAGCUGCCUGAUAAGUUUAAUGAAGCCAAGUUCAUCACAUUCAGCAUGCUCAUAUUCUGUGCAGUCUGGAUCACCUUCAUCCCAGCUUAUGUCAGCUCUCCUGGAAAGUUCACUGUAGCUGUGGAGAUAUUUGCUAUUUUGGCCUCAAGCUUUGGUUUGCUGUUCUGUAUCUUUCUUCCAAAGUGUUAUGUAAUCAUACUGAAACCAGAAAUGAACACUAAAAAGCAAAUUAUGGGAAAAGUGCCAGUUAAGUGA